UUGAGAGAGUCGUUGUUGUAGGCAAUCGCAAUCGCAAUCGCAAUAUAUAAUAAUGAGUGUGAAUAAAGUCGAGAAAUUGUUGAAGGGGAGUUGCCCCAUUCUGGCGAUGUUGCCCGUCCAAAUAUUUGCCACCGGAAUGCAAGUUCUGAGCAAAGUUAUUCUGAAUCAUGGCACCUUCAUUUUUGCACUUAUGGCCUACCGUCAUCUCGUCGCCACUCUCUGCGUUGCACCCUUUGCUUUCUUCUUCGAAAGAAGAAACGCAAACAAGUUGAGCUGCCAGGUUUUCUUUUGGCUUUUUCUCAGUGCCUUCACCGGGAUAACAGCGGCAAUGGGACUGUAUUAUUAUGGUCUGCGAGACACGACAGCUACUUAUGCUACCAACUUCCUGAACUUGAUUCCCGCAGUGACAUUUGUAAUCUCCUCCAUACUGAGGAUUGAAAAAGUGAGGUUGAAGAGAAGAGCAGGGCAAGUAACGGUAGUGGGGGCAAUUUUGUGUGUUGGGGGAGCACUGAUUACGAGUCUUUACAAAGGAAAAGGGUUUCACAUUGGUCAUCACGAUGAUGACAAUUGUAUAAUAUCUAAUAUGGAGGCGGGUGGUCGUCACUGGGGACGAGGCACCCUCCUGCUUGUUGCCAGCUGCUUUUCUUACGCUACAUGGUUUGUUGUCCAAGUGAAGUUGGUGAAAGUGUUUCCCUCAAACUACUUGGCCACCAUGCUAACAUGUGUCAUAGCAUGCAUUCAGUCAACACUGCUUGGCUUGUGCCUCGACACCAACAAGGCUUCUUGGAAGUUGGGUUGGGAUCUCCAGCUUCUCACCAUUUUCUACUCGGGAGCACUUGCCACAGCAGCUACUUUUUGCUUGACCACAUGGGCAAUUUCAAUCCAAGGACCCACUUUCCCUCCCAUGUUCAACCCUCUCGCUCUAAUCUUUGUGGCAAUCUCAGAAGCCAUCAUACUUGGGGAGGAGAUUAAAGUGGGCAACAUAUUGGGGACGUGUGUGAUGGUAGCGGGGCUGUACUGUUUCCUGUGGGGUAAGACAAAGGACAUGAAGAUGAACGAAUUAUCAACGCAUCUCCCGAGAUCAGCAGCUGCUGCAGUCGCUAUUCAUCUACCGCCAACCACUUCCCAACCUCCGCCCCUGCACUCACCACCUCUACUCCCAACGCCCGCUACACCCACUUAACACUAUUAAUAAUAAUACUUAAUUUUGCUCUUCUCUUUUCCAAUUUUCAACUCAACCCCGCUUCAACUUCAAACUUCU